AUGUGCAAUCAGUCUUCAUCCACCUCCGAACAUUUUUUUUCGCCAGAACAAACACAUAACUUUCAUGGCGAGGGCUUCGAACCCGCAAAACUGUUAAGUAUGAUAUUUCUGUCGGGACAGGAAAAAGGAAAGGAAAAGGAAAGAACUACAUCUCCACCAACUUCUUACGUUCCUUCCUUCCUUUUCUUCAGAGCCAUCAUCAGCCGAAGUUUCGCCCUCACCUCUCAUCGAGCUACCCCAUCCGGUCGCUAUGUACCCUUGCACACCGGCACCGAUCACGCCUCCACAAAUGACCCCUCUGCCUAUGGUUCUUCCGCCGCCGCAGAUUCUCCCGGCGGUGCCGAGUCCGUUCUUUCUUCCGUUGCCGCUUUUUCAGAUCUUUACGCAACUCACGCAACAACCGCACUAGCUCUCACUGCAUUGUACCAUAGGCGCUAA